UCCAGAUAGUGUCCACCGUGAACGGAGAUGGUGUCCACCGUUAAUGGAUAGGGUUUUGGGAUUUGUGGAUUCUGUGAAUCUCUCCUUCUCUAUUCUCAAAGCUUUAACCUCUGAGCAACAAUGUCGAUUUUGUCCACAGCUUCUUUCUCUUCCUCCGUUUUUCUCUCUACUCCUUUCCGGCAAGCCCCAUCAAAGCCCAGAUUUAUGAAAUUCCCAAAGCCCAAAGCAUAUCGAUCUGCCGCUGUCCGCGCAGAACUGGCGACCCUCCCGGUCCUCUCUUUCGACGGAGAGGAGGUUGGCUCCGCCACCCUCGACCUGAAAUCGGCCCCGCCCUACACCGCACGCGCCGUCGUCCACCGCGGCCUUACCACCGACCUCCGCAAUAAGCGCCGCGGCACGGCUUCCACCCUCACCCGCGGCGAGGUCCGCGGCGGCGGCAAGAAGCCCUACCAGCAGAAGAAGACGGGCAAUGCUCGUCGUGGGUCUCAGCGCACUCCUCUCCGGCCCGGAGGCGGAGUCGUGUUUGGGCCCAAGCCCAAGGACUGGUCCGCCAAGAUAAACAAGAAGGAGAAGAAACUGGCCAUUUCCACGGCCCUUUCCAGUGCGGCCCGGAGCUGCAUUGUCGUUGAGGAAUUCGAUGACAAAUUUAAAAUGCCCAGCACUAAACAGUUCAUAGCAAUGAUGAAGAGGCUGGGGCUGGACCCAAAGGAGAAAGCCAUGUUCUUGAUGACGGAGAUGUCCGAAAACGUCAUUCUUUCGAGCAGAAAUGUUGCGACAUUGAAGAUGCUAACGCCCCGGACUAUGAAUUUGUUCGACAUCUUGGACUCGGAGAAGCUAGUGUUCACGAAAUCAGCUGUUGAUUUCUUGAACCAAAGAUAUGGAAAUGACGAGGAAUUUGAAGACGAAGAAGGAGCCGAGGAGGAUGAAAAUCUUGAUACUUCAGAGUGAUCUGCAGCUAAUUGCAUUUUUUCUUUACAUGCGAAAUCUUUGUUUUGUGUGUUUGUGUUCUUCUAAACUGAUCCAUAUAUAGGUUCACUUGAAGAACCACUGCCUGGUUCAAUGCCAUGGCAUUCAUUUGUACUUCCUUCACUCAUGUAUAAAAGUGUAAUGAGUGAAAACACAUUGGGUCAUUUUAUGAUAUUGGCUCUCUGGUUUGUCUCUCCCAAAUUGACGCCGAGCCAUUCUUUUCUUAAAGAAAGAAUUUGAUACCAACAACUCGUGUUGUAGUAGCGAAAUCUGGGAGCGCGCCUGUUGGAACCAAACUAUGUUUGUUUAAGGUUUUGAUUCAUAUAAAUUGUAAGUCUAGUAGGUCUCAACUACAAUGAGACAUUUGCGCUUGUUAAAUGAACCCUUGUUCAUACU